AAUGUAAAAUCUGGCCAAUGAGCUUUCAGGAUACUGAAGCGUUAAAAUGACCUUUAUUGGAGUAUUUUGACCAGCAGUCGCUGUGGCGGCGACUCGAGCUGCUCUCCAAUUUAUGUCUUCUUCACAUAACAGUCGACUUGGCUUGUAUUGCGUGAUUUAAUUGAGUGGGAACGGAAAACUGGUCAAAAUGGGAGGAAACGGGAGCACGGCGAGGAAAGUGUCAUUCGGACUGGACGAAGACGAGAAGGUCACAGUAAUUGAAGGAGUGAAGCUCUCAGAAGAUGUGCUCCGCAGGAUGAGGGAGUCUCAGGGGUCUGAUAGCAACAAGCCACCAAAGUCCUUGCCGGACAGUCACAAACCACCACCAUCAAGUGCAAAACCAUCAGGACUAUCUUCUAAAGAAAUUCAAGAGGAAAUGCGGAAAAACUUUGAACGUCAACAGGCCAUGGUGAAGGAGGAGUUGGCCAAACUGGCCCAGAGGGAGAACGAGAAUGCAGCAAUCACUGGCCUGGAUGAGCUGACCUCUGCCCUCAUCAUAGAGAAAGGAAAAUCCCUCGAAGAGCACGAAAAGUCCAAGAUACUGCCUGCAGAUUUGGAUGCCUGGGCCCGAAACCUGGAGAUGAAAGAAAAGGAGCUUGCUACUAUAUCUAGCUUCUAUAGGGAGCAAUUGGAAAUACUGGAGAAAAAGAGUUUUGAAAACUACAAGGAGACGGCUGAACAGUACAACCAGGCAGCUACUAAAGCUGAGGCUCGAAUCCGACCCCAACAUACUGAAUAUCUGUGCGCUGAGCUGCAGGCCAAGGUGCUCCAGUGCUACAAGGAAAAUCCACAGGAGACUCUCCACUGCUCCAGCCUGGCCAAACAAUACAUGACCUGUGUCCAUCAAGCAAAGAAGGUAGGGCACAGAAGUCAUCUUUGUCAGCUUUAGUAUCUUUUGCAUGUG